AAAACGAAAUUUUAUCGGAAAUAAUUGUAGUCACACGCAGUGGCUGAGUUUGGUCAAAUCGAAACAAAUGUUAGACCACAAUCGAGGUGGUAGUCACAAUUAGUUACUUGUUUAUUUGAAUUUAAAAAAAAAACUUUGUAAGAAUUGUGGUUCAGUCACUCAGCUCCUAGUUCGGAUCGUGAUCAUCGUUCUAGUGCAUAAAUUACAAUUGACCACAUCAUCGAAAAUGUAUAGUCCACAAAGGGGCAUUCACGACUACACGACAAUGAAUAUGUCGAUUAUCGACCGUGUACCACCCGAUAUGGUGCACCUCAUUGAUCCACAUUGGUAUCAAUACUCUCCACUACCCACAAUUUGGAACUAUGCACUGGGAACUGUAAUGGUUUUCCUGGGAAUCAUUGCGUGGUGUGGAAACGGUGUCGUAGUCUACAUAUUCUCUACGACAAAGUCACUGCGAACGCCGUCCAAUUUGCUCGUUUUGAACCUGGCCUUUUCGGAUUUUAUGAUGAUGGUAACGCAAAGUCCACCGAUGAUAAUAAAUUGCUUCUACGAAACGUGGAUAUUAGGACCGAUGAUGUGCGACAUAUACGCAAUGUGUGGCUCGUUUUUCGGAUGUACCUCCAUUUGGACGAUGUGUAUGAUCGCAUUUGAUCGGUACAACGUUAUCGUCAAAGGAUUGGCUGGGAAGCCAAUGACUAUCCCUGGAGCAAUUUUGAAGAUUCUUUUCAUUUAUAUGUUUGCUACUAUUUGGACGUUGGCCCCGAUUUUCGGUUGGAAUAGGUAUGUACCGGAAGGAAAUCUAUCGUCCUGUGGUACUGACUUCAUGAACAAAAGUUGGACGAGUAAAUCUUACAUUCUGGUUUACUCAUGCUUCGUAUAUUACAUGCCACUUUUCCUCAUCUGUUAUUCGUAUUGGUUUAUUAUUAGGACAGUUGCAGCUCAUGAAAAGGCCAUGAGAUUGCAGGCGAAGAAAAUGAACGUUGCCUCACUUCGCAGUUCUGAGGAUGCAAAUAAGAGUGCCGAAGCGAAGCUGGCAAAAGUUGCACUUGUCACUAUUUCUUUAUGGUUUAUGGCCUGGACACCAUAUUUGGUAAUUAAUUAUAUCGGAGUAUUCGGAGGUGCCGCACUCACUCCACUAGGUACGAUAUGGGGAUCAUUGUUUGCAAAGGCUAAUGCUGUGUACAAUCCGAUUGUGUAUGGAAUCAGUCACCCGAAAUAUCGAGCUGCACUGAAAGCGAAGUUGCCCAUGUUGGUGUGUGGAGAGACUGACAAUGCUCAAUCGGAUACGGCAUCACAGAACACUACUGCUACUGCGGAUGGAAAGGCUUAAGAUGUACAUUGUAUCGAAGACCGAAACCUGUGAUUGUUCCUGCUAUUCCUGAUGAAUCUGUUUUAGCAAUAGAAUUUUAGCGAAGUUUAACUUGAAUAAAAUGUUAUUUCUAAUGCAAUACAUGAA